CUUCACACAUUUACUGCAGUCCAGAUCGAUUGUGUUUACUUACUUAAGCUAGACUGUGAGCUGAAUGACACAGAAAAAGCAUUCAUCAGCAUCACAGAAUACUAGUGUUAGAAUUUAAACGAGCAGAGAUGUCUGGUACUAUUUAUGACAAUGUCAUCGGGACUGAGACUGAGGGAAUCAACAGAGAGAGAGUGGAGAUGACGGUGGAAAUCUAUGAUUGUGUGAGAGAUCAUGACUUCAGGACAGAGACAAACACACACCAACCACUUCAGCUUACAGGAAGUGAUUCAGUGAAGAUCAGAAGCUCCAGAUCAGCUGUAGUGUGUUUGGUGCUGCUGUGUGUUCUUCUGCUGACUGCAGUCAUAGUGCUGUGUGUCCACAUCCAUACAAACAACACAGAAGACAGAGAUGAGCUACUAAUAAAGAUCACCAACCUCACAGAAGAGAGACACCUGCUACUAAACACGAUUAAAGAUUUCAAAACUGAGAAAGAUCAGUUAGUGAUCCAGAAACUGGCAAAUGAAAAGAAAGAGUUACAAUCCAAGAAUGAUGAUCUGAUGAAACAAAGACAGCAUCUUCAUAAAAUGAGUGGAUGUACAUACUAUAAGUCUAGUAUUUACUUCAUUUCCUCUGAGAAGAAGACCUGGACUGAGAACAGAAGAUACUGUACAGAGAGAGGAGCAGAUCUGAUCAUCAUAAACAACAAAGAGGAACAAGAUCUUGUUAAUAAAAUGUCUGCUGGUGCUGAUGUCUGGAUUGGUCUGAGUGACAACGAUGAAGAGGGCACAUGGAAAUGGGUUGAUGGCAGCACACUGACCUCUGGGUUCUGGAGGUCUAUAGAGCCCAAUGGACAUAGAGGAGAGAACUGUGUGUUGUCUUCUUCAUCAGGAUGGGCUGAUUAUCCAUGUCAUUCAUCUCAUAAAUAUCAAUGGAUCUGUGAAAAGAGCACUUUAAAUUGAUUAAAUCACAUAUAAAUCACAUGUUUUUUUGUAAAUUAUAAACAGACAAAAAGGGUGUGGAUUAGUACACAGUAAACAUAUAUAUAAAACAUGUCUAGUUACACUGUAAUAGAUAAAUACGUCUGUUCUAUUAAUGCUCUUUAUUCAUUUUUAAUCAUUAAUAUUUUGCUCUGUGUUUAAGUGUCAGUGUCUGCGAUUGUCAAUCACUGUGACUAAUAUAGAGGAAGUAAGAUGCUGUGAUCAUUUUAUAUUUAAUCUUUUAGCAGAGGCUUUUGUCAACUGAAGGAAAGCACUGGGCACUUGUUCAAGACCCUAACAACAGAGCCGAUCCUCCCUCUAUGCAAAAUACACAAGCUGCGUAGCACCCCUGAAACACCACAGGGCCAUCUUGUUUUCAAAGAUGAUUUAUUUUUUGUUUCGUUUUUUAAGUGGACCAGCAGUUAUCAAAACAAGAAUGUUGAUUUCUUUUAAUGCGGUGCGUUGUCGUC